ACCGUGAAGCAGGCCAUGAGUGAAACUGUAAAUAUAGAUAGGAGUGUUAAAUGUUCAAGAUCGGCACAUGGCCCCAAUAUCAAGUAACUGACUUUGUACUUGCGUGGAAUAACAGCUAAAAUUAGACUCACAACCGUCGGCUUUGCCUGAGCGCAUAUUCAGGUCCUGCAUCACAGGUCCUCAACCGCACGACUAUGAAAUGGCGAGAAAGAAUCUGGAGGAAACACAGUGGAAAAACGAGGAGUGAUCCGAUCUGAUACCAUAUUAAGUGAUUCAUUGCCAAAUUGAGGCUGUUGGAGGACUGGAGUCUCAUUGCUGUCGGUCAAUCAACAUCCCUGAAGGUCCCAAUGGAUCCGUCGCUGCUUGUGGAUGAUGGCCAAACACAACCAGCUCACUCAGACAGUCAAACCGCAGUUUUGGAUGCUUCUUUUUCACACAGUCCAACAGGAAACAAGUUAUUUCCAAAUAAGAGAGUACUUGAGGUGCCAGAUCCCUCUUACAAACUCACAGAUGCCUUUUCAAAUGCUUCUAAAAGUGUCUCACAGGAGAUUAGUGGAGACUGUCUGAAGCCUUUGCCAUCUAGCCAUGACAUGCCACAGCAUUCUUCACAUAUUUCAGAGCCCGAAAGGGUUCACCACUACUUUGGCUCAUCAACACCGACGUUACCCUUUUUAGCCAAAUCCCCUCGAGAUUUUUCUCAGUUCUAUGUUGAUCAUCAGCCAAGUCUCUGCUUUUCUCAUAUACAAGACAAUAGUACACCUCAAACCUUUCGCGCCACGUCACCGAUUUCAAAGAGUUCGACGGAGCAGGGUGUCAUUAUGACUCUGUCCAGAUCAGAACACAAUAAUGGCACUCAUCUGUUAACAUCAGUAUCACAUAAAUUAGAUGGUGUAAAGGCGGACACAGCCCCAGUGUCUGACCUUUAUAUCUUUGAAAGUGAGACACAGGACUUCAGUCUGAGCCCUGGUAUAGAUUAUCCAGAGAUGAAAUAUCCAAACACCCCAUCAUUGUCACAAACAGGCACCGACUAUGAAACACAUUUCCCAAUGUGUGAUUCACCAGAGCUGGUGAGGCAAUUUCAUCAUGACUGUGUGGACUCUGAAUCAUCAGCAGUGAGCCAACAAACAGGCACUGGACCACCUGCUGCAGAUGGCCGUGACGGAGACCAGAUGCCAGGAAAUUAUAUGACAUCAGGGAAAGCAGAGGUCAGCAAUUUGACCCCUCAAGCAUGGCAAAGCGGCAGCCCUGUCGAGCUGUGGAUGGAUGCGAGCCAGUAUCUGGGAGGUGAAGAUCCAGUGGACAGAGGCCUGUUGGACAAGAUGGUACAAUCUGAAAGUGAAGGGGGGCUUUCAGGAGAUAUAAAAGUGUCAGGUUAUGAUCCUGAGAAGAGUGACAGGAUUGGUUGGUCCAGCAAUGACACCAGAGGUUUAUGGGCACCUGUUGAGAGGUGGUCAUCAGUAGACAGUUGGGCGAGUGCGUUAUCUGACUGGACUGGGAUCAUCUCAGCUCCAGCAGAGGACUUCACCACUGUCUUCACAGAGAUAGGGACAGAAAUAGAGGCAUUGACACAGGUGCUUGUAGAUGUAAAUACCCUUAUAGAUAAAACAGGCGAGCCAGCAGAGGUGACACUAGAAGGACGGGAUAAAGAGACGUCAGGCAGAGAACCAGCAGUGCGAUCACAUACUCAGACACCCAUGGGGAUCCAGGACAAACCACUAGAAGUACAAACUGUUGCAGAAAGCCCUGGACACUCUGGUCAGCGCAGUCUCUCCUGCUCCAUGACAAAAAUAGCAAGACUCAGUCCUUCACCUGAACCCCAGAAGAGAGAGGGAAUUCAAAGUGAAAACCUGUGUGGACCAGGAUCCAUUACACCAGGAGAGAAGGAACCAGAAAGAAGCCAGAGCAAUCAGGUUGAGUGCUUUUCACGCACUGGAGUUGAGCACUCCUCCAUAGGUUCUUCUGGUGCUACACCAGCCUGUCCCCGAGGACAUCAUGUAGAUGUGAUGGCAGUGCCGCCACCUGAAGGAUCUUCUGUCAUUUUGGGUGAAACAACAACAAGCCGAUCUCAGUUUGGUGAAGACGCCGCGGAAGAGGAGUCAGACAUUUACAAUACCAAUGAAAAAGAACUAGUUAUACUACAAAUAACAGAGGACCCAGAUCUGGAUCUCCAAAAUUCACCUGAAGUGCCCAUCGGCACCAGGUUACGUGACGUGAGAGAAGAACAUUGUAUCAACGAGCGGGCGUUGGUGACUGAGCAGGAACAUAAAAGGAUUUGUGGGCAAGCUGAGACAUCCGAGUUUGAUCCAAACAAAACUAGUCUGCAUUCAAAGUCAAAUGUACAUGGUGUCGAUAUUCAUCCUGACCUGGAUGUUUGUGCCCGUACAAAUGUGUCGUUUGACAUUUUGCCACAUGUUGGAAGCAAAUGUCAAGUGGAGCCACAGCAGGAGAGUCCAAAGUUUAUUAUGCCCUUGACUUCUCUUAGUGUCAGCUCCUCCUCCAUCUGUGGAACAAGAAAUUCUUUGGAAGGAGGUCUAGUCUGCACCAAAAGGUCCGUGAGUGACAACACAGGUCAUAGUUGUUCUCAAAUAGGACCUUGUGUUUUACGGCCAACCUUUGUCAAGAUUUCUGACCAAUCGUCAUUGGAGGACAAGGAGAAACAGCUGACUGAACCAAAGGAACAUAAAAUAGACACUGCUGACAAAUCUCCACCAGAUGGACAAAAAGAACAGUUGGACUACUACAGUGGUGAUCCCACAGAGAGUUUUGUCAUCAACAGAAUCAGUGAAUUUCAUAGAGAACUAUUAAAUCAAGGUGGCCACCACGCAGAUGCAUGCAUCGUCUCAAAGAAGGCCCGUGUUGCAUGCAUCAUUUUAGACCUCAAUGAUCCAUUUGUGUCCAGGCCAAGAAAAACUAUUACCUCAGUUGAUCAACUUGGACAAAAUAUGCCUCAUAAAACCCACAAGAGCAACUCGGAGUGCAGAACACGGCCCAAAAAGGACAAGCCAACCUAUCAUCAUCAUCAUGGUGUGCAGACCUCCAAGAAGCAGGAGGGUUCAUCUCACCACGUUCCAGCCCAGCCAGUCUGCAAACUGCAAGACAGUCAUCCCCUUAGAGGAGAAAAUCAUGCCGGGCAUGCUACUCCAAGGUUUGGGCUUGAAGCCAAGGAGGCUAAAUUGGUUAUUGGCAGUGGUGCGGUGCCUGAGAGUGUUAGCGAGAAGUCACAUAGCAAAAAGAAAAAGAAAAAUACUCCAAAUGCAAUGGCAGUGAAAAGUGCGGAGGAUGUGUUGGUUGAAGUGGAGAAUGUAAUCAAGCAGAAGACAGCAAAGGGAAGGAUCGAUAUGUUUGAGGCCAAGCUGGGUGCUAAAGCUGGGAAAGAUAAAAAAGAUGGUCAUCAGGCAGAAGGUGCAGCAAAAAAGGCAAAGCAACCUGAGGCCAAAGUAUCCAAGGUGGAUAAACCACCACAGGUUCCUGUCCAGAUGCUCAAAAACUUCACCAGUCCUCUCAGCGAUGAUGCCGUUAAAAGGCCACGCUUAUCAGAGGAUAAGUUUGGCAAGACUGUUUUGGAAUCGAAACUAAUACAGCCAGAUGUUUCUAAACAGGCAAAGACAGAGGAACCCAAAGUAGACAUUGGGGCAAUGCGAAUGAAGGGGUACAGUGACACCGUCAAACAGACAACAAUCACACCUAAAGAAGACAUGAAGGUGGUGCAGCCUAUUCAGGCUGUGUCAGUGAGUGGGGACCCCCAGAGCCUGUGUCUGUGGUGCCAGUUUGCAUGUGUCUUCACUGACUGCACAACCACCUGGAGCAGAGAUGGCACUGUACUGGCUGAAAACAAGAGAAGUGCAGGGGAUGAAAGCAGAGUGUCGCUGAUCAUCUCCAACGCCUCUCACAAACAUUUGGGUAAAUACCAGUGCCGGCUCAGCACCUCACAUGGCUCACUCACUGUGGAUUACCUGCUCACAUAUGAAGUACUCAGUGAGAUUGUCAUCCCCGCAUCUCCAAAGAACGCCUCAUCCGAACCUGCAGUGGAAGUGAGUGAAGAAGAGGGCGUCCAGUGUUCCAGGCUGAUAUUCAGAGAGGACUUUCUGUCUGACAAGUACUUUGAGGAGAACCAUCCUGUCACCAUCGUCACUGAGAAGGUGCACUUUGGAGAGGGGAUGCACCGGCGGGCUUUCCGGACAAAACUGCAGGCAGGCCUGGUGCCCCUGUUGCUGCCUGGAGUCUCUGGUGUCCUCAAGGUACACAACGCUAUCAGCUACGGGACCAGGAACAAUGAGGAGCUCAUUCAGAAGAACUUUAACCUGGCUGUGGAAGAGUGCCAGGUCCAGAACACAGCCAGAGAGUACAUCAAGGCCUACACUGCUGCAGCUCAGGGUGUGGAAGCUUUCGGAGAGGUCCCAGAUAUCAUUCCUAUCUACCUCGUUCACCGUCCAUCAAGCAACAUCCCGUACGCCACGCUGGAGGAGGAGCUAAUUGGUGACUUUGUCAAGUAUUCUGUCAAAGACGGCAAAGAGAUCAACCUGAUGAGACGCGACUCAGAGGCAGGACAGAAAUGUUGUGCUUUCCAGCACUGGGUGUACCAUAAGACUGAAGGCAACUUACUAGUUACUGAUAUGCAAGGGGUGGGGAUGAAGCUUACGGAUGUUGGAAUCGCCACCUGUAAGAAAGGGUAUAAGGGCUUCAAGGGAAACUGUGCCACUUCCUUCAUUGAUCAGUUCAAAGUUCUGCACCAGUGCAACAGGUACUGUGAGAUCCUGGGCCUUCAAUCCCUGCAGCCCAAACCUAAAAAACCUUCAUCUGGCGCAAAACCCAAACCCCAGCCCGGCGCUGCACCCAAGAAGAAAAUAUUUGGGCCGACCUUCAAGGGUACAUCAUAACAGGAAGAUAGUGCAGCAGGAAUGGCAUCUUCGCAAAGGAAAGUGGUUUUGGUUUCAGCGUUUGGAAUCCAGACAAACGCUAUUGAACGUU